AUGGAAGAAAAGGACUGCCCCGUCGAAUCCUUCAAACACGAGGAUGACAAGAAAAGCACACCACCAGAAAUAGCAGUUGCUGAUGAACCGUUCCCAUUCUUCGGCCUGCUUUGCUACGCCGAUGCGCUAGAUUGGCUGCUCAUGGUAUCAGGGACAAUUGGGUCCUUCGUACACGGCAUGGCACCUGCAAUGUCAUAUUACAUACUUGGCAAAGCUGUCGAUAUGUUUGGGGACAACAUAGGCAAUCGGGAGGCAAUUGUCCAUCAACUUACUAAGUUACUUCCAUAUAUGUGGUCCUUGGCAAUUAUUACACUUCCUGCUGGAAUGAUUGGAAUUACAUGUUGGAUGUACACAAGUCAGAGACAAAUGACACACAUGCAGAUGGCAUAUCUGGGAUCAGUACUCAGUCAAGAUGUCGGAGCUUUUGACACCGACUUAACCACCGCGAACAUCAUGGCCGGAACAACUAAUCACAUGAGCGUCAUAAAAGAUGCAAUUGGAGAGAAGAUGGGUCACUUUAUUUCUAAUUUCUCCACAUUCCUAGUCGCUGUCAUUGUUGCUUUUGUGUGCUGCUGGGAGGUGGGUAUGCUCUCUGUGUUAGUUGUUCCGAUGCUUCUUGUGGUUGGAGCAACAUAUGCUAAAACAAUGAUUGGCAUGUCGAUGACAAGGACAGCUUUGGUCUCUGAAACAACCACUGUUGUGGAACAGACUCUUUCACAUAUCAAGACUGUCUUCUCAUUUGUUGGAGAAAACUCGGCGAUGAAAUCCUUUGUGAAAUGCAUGGACAAGCAAUACAAGUUAAGCAAGAAAGAGGCAUUCAUAAAAGGACUAGGUUUGGGAAUGUUACAGAUUGUAACUUUCUGUUCGUACUCCCUGACAAUCUAUGUUGGAGCAGUAGCAGUAACUAGAAGAUCCGCGAAAGCGGGUGAGACAAUUGCGGCUGUUAUUAACAUCCUCUCCGGUGCAAUAUAUCUCUCAAAUGCAGCUCCAGACCUUCAGAUCUUCAGUCAAGCAAAAGCUGCUGGUAAAGAAGUGUUUAAGGUUAUCAAAAGAAAUCCAGUGAUAAGUUCUGGAUCAAAUGGAAGAAUAUUGGAGAAGGUCAUUGGUGACAUUGAAAUACGAGAGGUGCAUUUCACAUAUCCAUCCCGUGAAGAUAACCCAAUUCUCCAAGGUUUCUCACUGGCUGUACCGGCAGGCAAAAUUGUGGCUCUUGUCGGGAGUAGUGGAUGUGGGAAGAGCACUGUGAUUUCUUUGGUUCAGAGGUUCUACGACGCUAUGUCAGCUACCAUAUUAAUUGACGGUCAAAACAUGAAGGAACUUGAUCUGAAGUCCCUGAGGAGAAAUAUAGGUUCAGUGUCUCAAGAACCAUCACUCUUUUCUGGUACUAUUUCUGAUAAUUUGAGAAUUGGCAAAAUGAGUGCAACUGAUGAAGAGGUCACUGAAGCAGCAAAAACAGCUAAUGUGCACACCUUUAUUUCCAAACUUCCAAACCAAUACUCAACUGAGGUAGGAGAAAGAGGUGUGCAACUAUCAGGAGGCCAGAAACAGAGAAUAGCGAUCGCAAGGGCUAUUCUAAAAAAUCCUCCAAUUCUUCUGCUUGAUGAAGCCACAAGUGCUCUUGAUUCAGAAUCCGAGAAGCUAGUUCAGGAUGCUCUUGACAGAGCUAUGCAAGGGAGAACUGUCAUCUUGAUUGCCCACAGAAUAUCAACAAUUAUAAACGCGGACAAGAUUGUUGUUGUGGAGAAUGGAAGAGUAGCUCAUUCUGGAACUCAUAGAGAAUUGCUGGAGAAAAGUGCAUUCUACUCGAGUGUAUGUAACAUGCAGAAUCUGGAGAAGGAAUCUGGCCAGAGUAGAGACAGAAUCACUGAACAAGACGAAGAAGAACAAGACAACAAGCCAUCUUUCACUGCAGAUGAUAAAGAGAAGAAAAUUGAAUUGACCUCAAAGCAACCGAAGCAAGGGGCCAGAAAGAGAACAUCUGCUUUCUACAGAAUAUUUCUUCGAACAUUUAAACUUGUGCCUGGUAAAGUUCUGCUGGGUUCUACAGCAGCAGCAGUCUCUGGGAUCUCGAGGCCUAUAUUUGCUUUCUUCAUUAUAACGGUUGCCAUGGCAUACCUGGAGACAGAUGCGCAGAGAAUAGUUGGCAAAUACUCGGUAAUUUUGUUCCUAGUUGGGUUUUAA